AUGUAUCUGCUAGGUAUCAAGUACCUUUUAGUAACAAAUGCUGCCGGUGGGUUAAACCCAGAUCUUAACGUGGGAGACUUGAUGAUCAUAAAUGACCAUCUCAAUAUACCUGGACUGUCAGGUCAGCAUCCACUUGUUGGUCCAAAUGAUUCUCGCUUUGGCGCUCGCUUCACCCCGCUGUCAAAAUGCUACGACAAAGCUCUGCAGGAUUUAGCCAUCAGUGUGGCUGAGAACGUUGGCCUAUCCCACAAGAUACGAAAAGGUGUGUAUUGCUUUGUUUCCGGGCCAACGUAUGAAACACCGACCGAAUGUCGCUUUCUUCAACUUGUGGGUGGCGAUGCUGUUGGCAUGAGCACAGUGCCAGAGGUCAUUGUGGCUGCACAUUGCGGGCUGAAAGUGAUUGGUUUGUCACUUAUCACAAACAAGGCGCUGUUUCCGGGUGAAGAACGUGUGGCAGCCUCUCACGACGAAGUUCUUAGGUCGGUUCAGGCCGCCCAAUGCGACAUCGAAACGUUUGUGCGAGUUUUCAUCAGCCAAAUCGGCAACUUGCACUUUGCAUAG